AUGCUGUCCAGUAUCAUCCUGUGCCUCAUCUUGGACGUGUCCACAGUCUAUGGUGGAGGUCUCGGAUUGUCACACUACUGUGAUCCCGUCGGGACCCAGACGACUACGAGCUACGGAUAUAUGGGCCACCCCUGCCACUGCCACAUCGGAUUCUACGGCGAUCGAUGCCAAUUCUUGCAGAGCUGCUUGAGUGGACGGUUGCGAAAUGUUUCUUGCUCAACGUUCGAGAAGCCCGAAACCGUGGAGAAUCACUUCCGGUGUAUAGCGCCCGGGCAAACGGAGGUUCAGAUCUGCUCGUGCUUCAUCGCCAGUCUACAAAAUGCUGCUAUUCGCCCUCGACAUCAUCAUCUUCGUGAUCCUGAUCUCGUGCUGUCGCUGCGUCUUUGCCAAAUUCAGCCAGCGACGCCAGAUGAGGAGGGAAAUGGUGCU